AACAAAGAAAAACCUAAAUUAAAUUUUAUGAAAAAAAGUGCAAUAUUAAAAUUUAUUUUAAUUAAAUAAAACUAUUAAAAAAUGGCUGCUUAUACACAAUUUGGAUAUGGUGGUUAUCCGUCGGCUUCACAGUUACUUUCAACAAAUCCUACACAAUCGCCUCAAACAGGUGACACUCCUACUGGACAGUCAUCGAUGACCAGUCCAAAUGCUCCAGCCCACAGUCCUGGCCAAGAAUGUCGUGUCACUACAGCCACCGUGCCCGGUUCUGGCAAUGCCAGCAGUGGUAAUCCUGCCGCAGUUGGUGCCGAGGUUUCAACAGGUGCUCUUAGUCCGGAUGCUUUGUCGCAGCAUUCCAACAAUGUGGCAGCAUCCAACAAUCCCUCUGCCAACACAAACCUGGAAAACACUCCACUGGGCUCCAACAGUGGCGGUUCGGCGGGGGGUUCCGGCUCCUGCUGCGAAAAUGGCCGUCCCAUUAUGACAGAUCCUGUGUCGGGACAAACCGUAUGUUCGUGUCAGUAUGAUUCCGCACGUUUGGCCUUAUCCAGUUAUUCUCGCUUACCCGCAGCCAGUGUUGGCGUCUAUGGCACUCCAUAUCCCUCCACCGAUCAAAAUCCCUACCAAAGUAUUGGUGUAGAUAGUUCAGCAUUCUAUUCGCCUUUGAGUAAUCCUUAUGGCCUAAAGGAUUCUACCACCGGUUCUGAUAUGACGGCCUGGACUUCGGCUGGUUUACAACCCACCACGGGUUAUUAUUCAUAUGAUCCUAUGUCUGCCUAUGGUUAUGGUGCCUCUUAUGAUUUGGCUGCUAGACGCAAAAAUGCUACACGAGAAUCCACUGCCACCUUGAAAGCCUGGCUAAAUGAACACAAGAAGAAUCCCUACCCCACCAAGGGUGAGAAGAUUAUGUUGGCCAUUAUAACCAAAAUGACUUUGACACAAGUGUCAACGUGGUUUGCCAAUGCACGAAGACGUUUGAAAAAAGAAAAUAAAAUGACUUGGGAGCCAAAGAAUCGCACGGAUGAUGACGAUGAUGGCAUGAAUUCCGACGAUGAUAAAGAUGACAAGGAUAUGGAUGAUGGCAAACCGGCACAGAUGCAUGGCGGAAAUUCACAAAUGGGCCAAAUGAAUUUGGCAGCAGGCAGAAAAGAUCUUGAUAAAACUGAUGAAGAGGACCACCUCAAAAAUCCAAAUCAUCCGGGUGAUCUAAGAAUGAGUUUAAACUUUCCGGGUUCCGGCUAUCAUGGCUCUAGUCAUCCGCAUGGUUACCAUCCCUAUCACCAUCAACAUCCGGCUUAUUAUCAACACCAGCAAUCGAUGUUUUCCUCGGGUUAUGCUCAUGCUGCCGCCGAAAGUUUGGUUAGCAACAAACACGAUAGUAAUGAGUCAAAAAACCCCAUGAGCCGGGACUGUGGCGUACCAAUUCCAGCCAGCAAGCCGAAAAUCUGGAGUUUAGCCGACACAGUCGCCAGCAAAACACCACCACCACACUCGGCAGCUUUCAUGGCCCAACAACAGCAGCGGCAACAACAUCACCAGCAGCAGCUGCAACAUCCCAUGCAGCAGCUGCAGCAAAUGAGCAGUUUAAUACCGAGCAGCUCACAAAAUCUCAGCACCAGCAGCAGCAGCAACAACAGCAGCAGCAAUAUGAUGAGUGGAAACUACAACAUAAAUCCUUAUACACGGGGGCCCUCUACAGCUUACGAGAAUUUUCUAGGAGUUAUGGCUACCAACAAUAUCACAGCCUACAACAGCAGCAGCAACAACAACAGCAGCACCACCAAUCCCAGCAGUCACAACAAUCAUCACACCAACAGCAACAGUUCUCAGCAGCAUACGCCCACCACUCCGCCUAUUACAGCAGCGGUGGCGGCUUCCUUAACAACCACAGUCCCAAACUCUCAUCUUACCCAGCAGCAGCAACAGCAUCUUCAUCAACAACAACAACACCAGCAGCAGCAACAUCAGCAAUCGCAAUCGACCCUGCAACGGGGGAUGGGGUUUCCCGAAGCCCAACCCGAUACUCCACCCCAAACUCCACCGAAUAUGAAAGUACCGAACGUACAAUUGGCCACGAAUCUACUACUUACCGCUACGCAAGCCCAUAUGACCGCUACCUGCCACAACAUCAACAACACCAGCACCAACAGCCACCACAUCAAUAGCCACAGCAAUAAUAAUCCCUAUAACCUGGCCUACUCUCGCUCUUACGAUUACUCACCGAGAGAUGAAAACUCAAGUGGCAGCAGUUGUAGUUCCGGCUCCUCGAAUGAUCAAGAGCAACCCUAUAAAUCUAUUUUUAAAAGCCAACAAUUAUCAGGAGCUGGAUUUGUACCACCAGUUUAAGAACUGAAAAAAUUAAACAGAAGCUAGAAAUGCAUAUUCAAAGCAAGUGUUUUAAAAAGGUU